AUGUCAGAAAACAAUAUAAGAGAGUUAGCAGAUGCCGCAAUAUACCUUCGUGUUGUUGAGUCACUCACUUUCGUGGAAACCCGCAAUCAUUUACAAUUAAUAGAAGAAGUAAGGCAGGUGAUUUUAAGUGAUGAUAGAUUGAGGUAUACAAAUAGAGGCAAUGUUUUAAGUUUACUAUUGAACUUCGGUAGCCCAUUGACACUCUCAAUUCAAUUGGUAAAGAAGUUUGCAACAGAAAUACUCGAGACGGAAGCAGAAAGUCCUGAAGAUUCUAUGGAUAUUGAAGAAAUUGCGAGACUAUCGGAAAGCAAGCAGAACAAUAUUAUCGAAACAGCCAAUGAAGUUAUAAAAGACUGUGAUGAGCAAAAUAAGAGGUUUCAGUUUAUCUUAGAAAAUACAGAUUCGUUGGAUGACAUGGCAUUCAAGUUUAUUACAUCAAAGGUUUGGCAGUUAUCUACGUAUAUUGAUGAUCUUGGACAAAUCUUGCCUCUUUUGAGUUUUGAUUUAGGCGGGAAACAGCUUAUUGAAUGGAUAAGAGGAAUUUUUAUCCCUUUUAAGUACUAUUGGGAUAAUUAUGGCUCAUUGCAAGAUGACCUAGUUGCAGAUUUGAACUACUUUUUAAGUUUAGAUUCGUUCGAGGACAGAUUUCUUGUAAUGCUGAAUCCUUGGAAUAAAAGAAGUUAUAGUGAGAAAUUGUCUACUAAAAACUGGAUGCAAAAUGUAUUACUACCUUUGAUACAUUAUCAUAAUGAUGAUUUUGAUCCUUUGAUACAAUAUCUUUUCUCUGAGGAACGAUUACUUUCCUUCUCAGCACCUUCUGAAAAAUAUGAACUUUGGCGCGAUGCAAUGUCUUCUUUAGUUGAUGGUAAUCUGGUAGACAUCAAGCAAUACAGGCCCAUGAUUAAACGCUAUUUAGCGGCGUGCUAUUUUUUUGCCAUAUUUCAUGAGACAGCUGACAAGGUAUCGUCUCUUGAAAUAACAAAAAUUUAUGAUUUGAUCAACGAAACUCUCUCUAUAUUCAAUGUGGAAGGGGUGAGUAGCACAGCAUUGCCUCAAGUACAGCUUAACGAUUUAACGAAUAUCCACACAUUUGCAGAGUUUAUUGAUUCACCUUCGAAUCCUUUGCAAUCAUUAAUAGAACCAACAGAGUCCUCUAUAGCUUCUUUAAAAGCAUUGGUCCAAACUUGCGAGAAACUUUUCCCCAUCAACAAACUUACAUUAUCAGAGUCCUUAAGGUUACACUCUUUGGGAUCAACUGCUAAUAUGUCAAAAGAAAAAGAAGUGUUGAGAAUAUUAAGUAAUAUAACAAGCUCAAACUGGCAACAGCUUUUCUCUUCGGUAAAAUUAUUUUUAGGGGCGUUUGUACUGGCAAACGACGAUAUUGGCGAGGAAGUAAACCGAAUUAUAUACGAAAGAUUCUUGUACGCAAAUCUUUUCGAGGUAGUUGAUGAUUUUUACUCAAAGCAGGAGGUUCCUAUACAUCAAAAUGUUAUACUAAAUCUCAUUUUGAAGAAAUUUUGGGAUUCUUUCAAUCAUGCAACCAGCCUCAAUGACAAAAGCGGAAAGUUACUAGAGGCAACACAAAGUAUGGACUUACUCGACAAAAUUUCUUCGAAGGGUAAGGUAGAUGGUUUGCAAAAAGAGGAUAUAAUUAGAAUCAAACAUCUUUUAAAGGCCUUAUCAAAUAUGAAGAAUUUUAGAAUCUUUUAUGAUAGAAAGAAUACUUAUUCACCUUCUCAAAUCACUGCCAAAUUUGGAAGCAUAGUUGAUGCUUCUGGUGACGGAAUAGUGCAGUCACCGCUAACAUUAAUCACUUUGAUUCUAGAACAGAACCCCAAAUCGUACUUGGCAUAUGAAAAACUCUACAAAAUAUUGAGUGACUUGACGAUUUACAGCAGUACCAGCGAAUCCAUUGAAGCUUUAAGCUCGGCUUACUUUGGUAAACUUUUGGCAGCCUGCAUUGAAUCUGCUCUCGUUGACAACAAUUUUGAAUUUGCAUACAAAAAAUCAAUCGAAUUGUUCGAAUAUUAUUCGAAUGACGACCACAAUAUGUUAAUUUCUCUUUGGUUGACAUUCUACCAGGUUGGAAAAUUUGUUUCUCCGAAUUGGAUGGAUGAUGCAGAUAUCACUAACGAUAGAAUUGAAACGUUGAUUAAACAAAGAGAGAUUUUAUCAAUGACUUUAAGGUUGCCAAUUCCUUCAGAGACUACCAUAGACAAUAGCAAGCUCAUAAUUAAGCAAUGGAACCACAUUAACAAUCAAAUCGAACUUUGGUAUACUCAGUUGCAAUCAAAUCAUCUAGGGUCUAGCUCGAAGGAAUCGUAUCUGAUGUCGGAUGUUUCCGAGAAGUUUGGAGCAUCUGCUAGUAGUAUCAUUGAUGAUGUGACUACAACGACAAACCAAGCUAAUGAAAAGCUCUCUAAUCUAUUUGUCUCUGGAUUGGGUUGGGCGAUUGGUGCUAAUCAAAAGUAA